UUUUAAAACAAUGUGACUAGAUUCGUAGGCGGUGUCAAAAAGUCUUUCGUCUCAAUGAGUACGUGUUUUCUGAAAUGACACAUGUACGCCUAUUUGUUCUCUUGGUUAUGACUUGCAAAAGAUACUUUUCCUCACUACACGACAACUUUAAGCCUCUGGUACGACACGUUAACGUUUCCCAUCUGGCAACGCUGUUGUCAGCGGAGGGAGAGACGUUGGGGACUGUUAUCAAGCGUACACACGGGAAAGCGGAAGCUAGCGGUGGAAAUGUUUGUGACAGUGAUGAGGAGCCAUUAUUACUGUCACAUAUGCUACUAAAAUACUAUUUUAUAAACAACCAACUGCGGAUUGAGGCGUUUAUAAAUGCGCUUUAAAGGGUAAAUUUGACCGUAUCCUCUUUUAUAAGUGGCUGUCAACAAGGAGAACGAGGAGGCAGCAACGCGAGAGUAAUGUCGGCCAAAAUAAACGUAUGUAAAAGCAAAGACAACGGUGACGUUAUUAAAAACUACCACAAGCAGGCGUUUGAUUGUAUAUCGAAGGCAUUAAGGAUCGACGAAGAUGACACAGGUGAAAAGAAGGAGGCUGUGAAGUGGUACAAGAAAGGUAUUGCCGAGCUUGAGAAGGGUAUUGCCAUAGAGAUCACGGGACAAGCAGGAGAUCAGUAUGACCGCGCAAAGAGACUUCAAGAUAAAAUGGUUAACAAUCUCACCAUGGCAAAAGACAGGCUUGCCCUUUUAGAGGCAACACUGGCAUCUAAAUGCAGUAGUGAUCCCAAGAAGACGUCAGAUCAAGUCCUUCCACAACCAAAGCCUGGUCCUAAAAGCCAGCCUGCAGUGCCUGGUGCCUCCUCUAACAUCAGGACCUCCACUGCUGUCAGACCCCCAACUAGACCCACUGAUCUAAGGGUGACCCCACGGGCGGGAAAGGUUCAAAACGGGAAACCUGCAGCGGUGAAACAGCCACCAAAGAGGGAUAUGAAAAACUUCAAGAAUGUGGAUAGCAAACUGGCCAACUUGAUUCUGAAUGAAAUUGUUGAUAGUGGAGCGUCUGUAUCCUUUGAAGACAUUGCAGGACAGGAUCUGGCCAAGCAAACACUACAAGAGAUCGUGAUUCUACCUGCCUUAAGACCAGAGCUUUUUACUGGCCUCCGAGCUCCGGCCCGUGGUUUGCUUUUAUUUGGCCCACCUGGAAAUGGGAAAACCAUGCUGGCCAAAGCAGUUGCAGCCGAGUCAAAUGCCACAUUCUUCAACAUCAGCGCAGCCAGUUUGACCUCUAAAUAUGUGGGAGAAGGUGAGAAGCUUGUACGAGCACUUUUUGCAGUUGCCAGAGAAUUACAGCCCUCGGUCAUCUUUAUCGAUGAAGUGGACAGCUUGCUUUGUGAAAGGAGGGAGGGAGAACAUGAUGCUUCUCGUCGAUUAAAAACAGAGUUCCUCAUUGAGUUUGAUGGGGUGCAGUCAGGAGGGGAUGAUAGGGUGCUUGUAAUGGGAGCGACUAACAGGCCUCAGGAGCUCGAUGAAGCAGUACUGAGGCGCUUUGCAAAGAGGGUUUAUGUCGCAUUGCCAGAUGAGCAGACAAGAUUCACACUGCUGAAGAAUCUUUUGGGAAAGCACGGGAAUCCACUGAGCAAAUGUGAGCUGUCCAAUCUUGCAAAAGUGACUGCAGGAUAUUCAGGAAGUGAUCUGACAUCACUAGCCAAAGAUGCUGCACUCGGGCCAAUUAGAGGAAAUCUCUCUUACACAGAGCUAGGACCAGACCAAGUCCGGUGUAUGGCUGCUAAUGAGAUGCGUAACAUCAAGAUGAAAGACUUUGAGGAUUCCCUGAAGCGCAUCAAACCCAGUGUUAGCAAAGCUACUCUUAAUAUGUAUGUCAAAUGGAACAAAGAUUUUGGUGACACAACAGCUUUUUGAACUUAAUGGUUAAUUGUCUCUUGUUUAAAAAAAAAAAAAAAAAAAAAAAAUGCUACUGAAAAUAAAAUAACAAUUGAUUCCUCUGUUUAAUCUACAGUUACAAAACGUCAUUAAUAUUAUUGAACCUGAAAACCUGAAAAAAACCCUUUUUAGGUUGGUAAAGCCUUAUUGGUAUAAUGUAUAAAUAUUACAUUUGGAAGCAUUAUGGGUAAAUUUCCUGUUUUAUGGAAAAGCUUUGCUAAUAAGAUUCUUAUGAGUUUCAUUACUGUGCUAUUACACUCCGAAAACACUGUCUUGCUACUUGAAAUUGCAUUCAUUAUUCUCAAGGAAUGGUUGUCCUGCAGAAAUACAGACGAUCUCUCUGUUGCCUCAAGAGGGCAGCAAGUUUCUGUAAAUCCUGACAUAACCUCACCAAUUUAGAUUAUUUUACACAUCCAUUAGUUACCCGAUGUAAUGACAUGUUGAUGGUAUUGAUCACCAAGUGCUCUCUGUACUUGUACACGUGCAAGAAUGAUAAUGAUUGGGAGAAGAUUUACCAUAUGGUGCUUUUGUAUUAUAAGAAGAUUUUUCCAUUUGCACUUUUGUUUGUAGAUACAAAUUUACUUGUAUUUGAAAGUAGGAAUUAACUAGUGUUGCUCAACAUUUUUUUUUUGGAGGUACGACCUUUAGUUGAAAAGUAAAUAAUUGAGUAGAAUUGUAAUGCCCCCCCCCCCCUUUCC